AUGAAACAAGAUAUACAAUUAACAGAGUUUAUACACGACCCUCAGUGCAAGUACACAAUAGAGGUGUAUCCACCCCGCGAUGCCAAUGAUAAAACACACCUUAUAGCUUGCUUGCAAAGAUACAGCGCACUGGGAGUACGCAUCGUGAAUAUUACAUGUCAGUCGGAUAAUAUUGACAGCACCCUAUACUUAUUGAGUAGUAUCCGAAAAGAGCUUCCCGAGCUUAUACUUGUGCCUCACAUAAAUGCGUACGCACUUGUACGUGAUACACUUGAUCAUUUGGUGCAUGAAUACGAAAAACUUGGCAUAAGUAACCUUUUUCUUAUCCGUGGAGAUAUUGAAGAAAAAGACAGAGAGUUUUUUCAAACAAUACAUGCAAGCGAUUUAGUAGAGGCGGUGCGCAAGAAAACAGAUCAGCUCUGCAUAGGUGUUGCGGGAUAUCCCGAGCAGCACUUUGAAGAACCAAAUUUUUUCCAUAACAUGCAACAUCUUAAAGAAAAAGUUGACAAGGGAGCAAGUUACGUUACUACACAGCUUUUUUUUAACAAUGAAUAUUACUUUGAUUUUGUGAAACGCUGCCGUGUAUACGAUAUACAAGUUCCCAUUAUCCCUGGAAUAACAUUUCUUAAGAACAAGAAACAUGCAGAAAAACUACUGAGCUUAGUACAAGGAACUUCAGUGCCAGCAGGGCUACUUACAGAUAUCUUCCAUGCAAAAUCUGAUGCAGAGGCGUAUGCACGAGGUGCAAAGUGGUGUCGUGAACAGGUACACGACUUACUUGUAUCGAAUGUUGUGCCACAAGUUCAUUUUUAUACGUUUAACAGGCUAGAACCAUUCGACAAGAUGAUAUCUGAGAAAACAGAUAAAAAACAGACAGUAUUUACUAGUAUUAGUAAUGCAAGGAAAGACCAAUGA